AGCAUUUUCAGUGUCGUGGUUCUAUAAUUUUGAAACUUCCUUUACAUAACCAAAUUUUAACCUUUAGCAUUCGCAGUUGGUAGAAUUAGCGUACCCUAUGGGUAAACGGGCGUUUUCUAAGAAUGAGAAGAGCGUGGUCUAGAUUUUUUGAAUUUUGCCUCCAUCCCGUAAAGCCUGUGCUUGUGGAAGAAGAUGGGAAUAACAGCUCGUUUCGAAUGUGUACGUGACGUGUUUGUAUAAAACACAGAUCACUAAUCUAGAAAAGAGACUUUUUUGAAACACAGAUCAGUCUUUUUUCUAGAUCAGUGUUUGAAAUCGGGACCGCGCUGCCCCAGACCGCCUUUGGGAAACUGCGGUGGAGUUUUGUCACUAGCAGCAGCCAUGGCAACAAGGACUCAAAAUCACAGCCGCUCACACCGAAAAGAAGUGCGAGAAGGUAGUAAGAAGGAACAAGAUGGAAGCAAGAAACGACCUCAAUCGACUAGGAUUGUUCAGCGAGCUUGGCUACAUAUCUAUUGGUGACCCAUAUGUACCUCCUAAUAGUAAGCCAUUCAAUAUCAAUGCUUCAAAGGGAAAGCAAAUUCUCCCAGGCGGAGCAAAAUCUAAAAGUGCCCUCCAGAGUGGCUACUUUGAUAAAUCAUUUGAUAGAAUCAUGCAAGGAGAGGCAUAUACGGAUCCUGUUAAAAGAAGAAGGCAAGAAAGAAUAAGUCAGUCAAAAAAGAACUUAGGGAAACCUUUUGUGCCAAGUCAUUCAGGGAAAAAACCUUCUGGAGCUAAUAGUCACUAUGGGACAUUCUCUGGUCCAGUCAAUGCUUUUAGUCCAUUAGGAAAAGGAAAAAAGUCAUAUGCAUCACCUGGAAGAAACUUCAUCACAAACCCAUUAAGAAAAGGGACUGGUUAUGGUUAUGUAAAUGUUUUAAUUGGUAAACCACAAACAUACUCAACUGAACCAUAUGACAGAGGAAGAGAAUUAGUAAAGAAAGGUCAAGAAGACAGUAAAGGCAAAAUGAAAGGAGGAGCAUUCAAGCUAAAUCUCUGUCCUAAGCAGUACUUUGAUGUGAAUCCCUACAAGGCUGACAGACCAUUGCCACCGCUAAGAGAACCAAAGACAGAUACAAGAGAGGUGAAGCCUUUCAAACAGAGUUCUCCUGGCAAAGAGAUUGGCGGCUCAAAAGCAGGCUGCUUCAAUGGCUACCCAUCUCAUUCCAAUGAUCCUUACGUUGUGCAUAAAAACUCAUUUAGAAGUUUUAACGAUGGUGGAGAAAAGAAGAUAUUUAGACCAUCUCAGGGACCCAAGUCAUGCCCUACAAAGUCUGUCAUAUCCCAAAAUGUUCAAAGGCGAAUAAAUCGUUUGACAUAUAAACAGCCAGUUACAGUAUCAAUUUGAGAUGAAUUAUACACAAGAGUGCUAGAAAGAAAUGGAUGAAAUCUUCUAGGAAAAUUUGUGGAAGGAACAAGAUUUUUGAUCGAAUGAUUUUGUUAAUAGACUACUGUAGUGUCCUAAUGUAUGUAGAUAUGUUUUUAAGGUUUUUAUGGAAAAAUUAUCAAGAAGGCCAG